AAGGUCCCGAUAUGAAAGGCGGUUAAAAUCCUUACCUCUAUUCUAAUUUCUAACAGCGAAGUUUAUACAAGGCUGCGAGAGCGUCAGCUAGGGUUUCCUUGGAAAAUGAUUUACGACGUCAAUUCUCCUCUCUUCCGCUCAUUCCUCAGCCAGAAGGGAGGCUCCUCCGACAAGAGGAAAAUGGAGGAGCAGAAGCCUAAGGAACAGAAACCCAAAGCAAGUGAGAAUAAGCCAGUUAUGACAGAGUAGUAGGAGCCUUUGGUUUAAUAUUUAGUAUGCUUUAGGAUGGGAGAGGGUAUCAAAUGUUUUAAAAUGCUAGGAUAACUGUUAUGAGAACUCUAAUAUGUUGUGGAUGUGUCAAAAUGCAAUGAUAAUGUUUUUCUGGUUUGAGGUGGAA